GAGCAACUGGCCGUGCAACUUCAGAGCAGGACUCUCUCGCUCGUCAGCCGCAAGCCAGAGCAGAGCGGGACUCGUUUUCUGGCCCGGUUGCCUGCUCGAUUUGGUUCCCAGCGCUUCUCUGCACUUCCCGGCUUUCUCCCGACAGGAUUAUUAGCCCCACGCGGAAAGAUUCGGGUGGAUCUCGCGCUGUUGUCUUCUGGGGGCUUUGCGGAGUUAAUUAUUUUGCUUUUUUUUUUACCGCGUCCUCUUGUAAUCGGGUGGAUUUAACGCUGCUGGAAGUUGGAAGCGGGCAAACCAGAAAAGGCAUGAAGACUCAACUGUCGGUGUAACCAGUAAGGCCAGAGACCGUGAUGGGACCCACAAUGCUUUUCUUGCUGUUUUUGGCCUCUGUUGGUGUGUCAGAGCUGGAAGAGCACUUUGAUCCAGCUAAGUGCCGCUAUGCACUGGGCAUGCAGGAUCGUACCAUCCCAGAUGAGGCCCUCUCAGCCUCCAGUGCAUGGUCUGAUUCAACUGCUGCUAAGCACAGCAGGUUGGCGCUGAAUGAAGGGGACGGAGCCUGGUGCCCUGCAGGUCCUGUCUACCCUAAUGACGCAGAGUACCUCGAGAUUGAUCUGCGUCGGCUGCACUUCUUAACCCUGGUGGGAACGCAGGGCCGGCAUGCAAGCGGCCAUGGCAAGGAGUUUGCCCGUGCGUACCGACUCCAUUACAGCCGCGAUGGGCACCGCUGGAUGCCCUGGCGUGACCGGUGGGGCAACGAGGUGAUUUCGGGCAAUGAAAAUACAGAGGACGUGGUACUGAAGGAUCUGGGCCCUCCCAUCAUCACCCGAUAUGUCCGCUUCUACCCCCGUGCAGACCGAGUCAUGAGCGUCUGCCUGCGUGUGGAGCUGUAUGGUUGUGUCUGGAAAGAUGGACUUCAGUCCUACACAGCCCCUCUGGGCCAAGUCAUGCCUCUGCUCCCAGAGCCUGUCAACCUGAACGACUCCACUUACGAUGGGCACAGCGUCAGCAAGUUGCAAUUCGGAGGCCUCGGGCAGUUGACGGAUGGAGUGGUGGGCCUGGACGAUUUCACCCAAACCAAAGAGCUGCGUGUUUGGCCAGGCUAUGACUAUGUGGGCUGGAGGAACAGCUCUUUUCCUGGCGGCUUCGUUGAGAUGGAGUUUGAGUUUGAUCAGCUCAGAGCCUUCACUGAAAUGAAGGUUCACUGCAACAACCUGCACACGCACGGGGUGAGCAUUUUCCGGCAGGUGGACUGCCUCUUCAAGCGUAGCCUGGCCACGGCCUGGGAGCCCAGCCCCACCUCGCAGCAGCUGGCAGUGGAUGUGAGGGACCCCAGCGCCCGCACCCUCACAGUGCCCCUGCACGGGCGGCUCGGCCUCUUUGUCCAGUGCCAUUUUCACUUUGCGGGCGAGUGGAUGCUCUUCAGCGAAGUCGCCUUUCUUUCCGACAUUGUGGGUGACCCUUCCCUCUCUGCUUCAAGCCGCGCCCCCCCCGUGGUGGCACCUCCUCGCCUGUCAGGCCAGGACACUCCAGUCUCCCCAGCCCCGGGGCCUGCCCUGAACGAAAAAGCGCAGGUCGAUUCAAACCUCACUCUCCAAGGUGAGUCCCUUGCAGAGGAACCGAAAUCCGGCCAGCCAAUUGCAAAGGAUGAUAACAGCAACACCUCCAUCCUGAUCGGGUGCCUGGUGGCCAUCAUUUUACUCCUGCUGGUUGUGAUAUUCCUCAUCCUUUGGCGGCAAUAUUGGCAGAAGAUCCUGGGGAAGGCCCAACGCCGCAUCUCCGAUGAUGACCUCACUGUUCACCUCUCUGCCCCAAGUGACACCAUCGUCAUCAACAACACGAUGGGCCCCCACCGGCAUGCGAACCGCUACGAGCGCAUCCACUCGGGGGAGACCGAGUACCAGGAGCCCAACCGGGCCCGCAUGAAACUGCCGGACCUGCCCCACAGCGCCGAAAACUCUGCUCUGCUGCUCAGCAACCCAGCUUACCACCUCUUCUUGGCCACUUAUGCCCAGCCAAUGGGAAGGCCUGCUUUCCCGCCACCCAGCCGGGUUAAGCCAAUCAACACCAAUGCGUGUGGGGCUGGCUACAUGGAGCCCGAAGCAGCAGCCAGCCAGCCGGGCUUCCAGAACAACGUCCCCCAUUAUGCCGAAGCUGACAUCAUCAACCUGCAGGGCGUGACCGGCGGGAACACAUACGCUGUACCGGCUGUUGCUGUGGAUGCCCUUACUGGCAAGGACAUGGCACUGGGCGAAUUCCCCCGAGAGCGGCUCAUCUUCAAGGAGAAGCUGGGGGAGGGGCAGUUUGGAGAGGUGCAUUUGUGUGAGGUAGAGAACCCCCAGGACCUCCUCAGCUUGGAGUUCCCCUUCAAUGUGCGCAAGGGGCGCCCUCUGCUGGUUGCCGUGAAGAUUCUGCGAUCGGAUGCCACCAAGAAUGCCAGGAAUGACUUCCUCAAGGAGAUGAAGAUUAUGUCUCGCCUGAAGGACCUCAACAUCGUGAGGCUGCUGGGCGUGUGUGUGCAGGACGACCCGCUGUGCAUGAUCACGGAGUACAUGGAGAACGGAGACCUCAACCAGUUCCUCAGUGGCCACGAGCUGGAGGACAAGAUGGGCGGCAGCCCCAGCGGGAAGCCAACCAUCAGCUAUCCCACCCUGAUCCACGUGGGGGCCCAGAUCGCCUCAGGCAUGGCCUUCCUGGCCUCGCUCAACUUCGUGCACCGGGACCUGGCCACGCGAAACUGCCUGGUGGGCGAAGGGUUCACCAUCAAGAUUGCUGACUUCGGCAUGAGUCGGAACCUCUACGCCGGGGACUAUUACCGCAUCCAGGGCCGGGCGGUGCUGCCCAUCCGCUGGAUGGCCUGGGAGUGCAUCCUCAUGGGCAAGUUCACCACCGCCAGCGACGUUUGGGCGUUUGGCGUCACGCUCUGGGAGGUGCUCAUGCUUUGCCAGGAGCAGCCCUACAGCCAGCUCACCGACGAGGCGGUCAUCGAGAAUGCGGGCGAGUUCUUCCGGCACCAGGGCAAGCAGAUCUAUCUCUCCCGUCCUCCCGCCUGCCCCUUGGCCGUCUACGAGGUGAUGCUGAAGUGCUGGGCGCGAGAGGCCAAGGACCGCCCAUCGUUCCACCACCUGCACCGCUUCCUGGCCGAGGACGCCUUCAAUAUGGUGUAAACCAGGCUGGCACUGGCUUGCGGGGCUCCUUGGAGGUGUCGGGCAGCACUGCAGAGACUGCUGGCGCAGGGGGAGGUCUGCAACCUGAACCCUGCGUGGGGCCUGUCUUCCCACUCCGGCCCAGCCUUUGUCCACCCAUCGCUCUCCAUCCACUUCCAGAUACACUGUUGUGUACAAGCUCCCUUCCUCCUUCCUUCCUUCCUCCCUCCUUCCCUCCCUCCCUC